GCCUAAGUGAGGCCUAACUGCCUGUCCCCUGGGCUGAGUGGGUUGCUAGGAGACCAAGUGGGCGGAGCUUAGUCUUCAAACUGGCAAUUGGAUGAAAACUAUUAUUCCUCUCCCUGUAAUUAGGACUUUAUUUUUCUUUUCUUUUUUGUUGUAUCAACCUAGAGCCGUGAAUGAUGGGUUGUGUUGUCAAAUUCCGAGUUUGGGUGGCCUGUAGUUUUGUUGUUUUGUCCGCUGCCCUGAUGCCAUCACUCUUUUAUAUAUAUAGAUUGGCACAGAUUUUGGAACCGAUGUCUAUUUCAACCAAGGGAGAGAAGACCUGGAAACAUUGGAAGAGGAAGGAGACGGAGCGAGAGAAAGCAAGCAAGCCAUGCACUGAUGUCAGACUUCCAAAUGAAAGGAGAUGAUGAUGAUGAUGAUGAUGCUGGAGAUGGUUCGGUCGCAGCAUUGAGUGGUUUUGCAGCAUCCUCAAGGUGCUGGACUCUUGAACUAUUGAAGCCUAGGAAAGGUGAGCAGAGCAAUUUGGGUUUUUGUUGAUAUUGUUAUAUUAUUAUUAAUAAUAAUAAUAAUACAGAGAGGCAUCCCAUUGGUGGCAAAAGGAGGAGAAUCCAGCAGGCAACGGCUGCCAGAAAACAACCCAAUAUUGGGAUAAGGAAGAGCCGCCCACCCCAUCCAGGGCUCCGAAAAGCCAAAAAAUACCAUUUUGAGCUGUUUUUUUUUCCCCUUCCUUCCAGGAUCACCAUGAAAGGGGAGACGCCCGUCAACAGCACCAUGAGCAUUGGCCAAGCCCGCAAGAUGGUGGAGCAGCUCAAGAUUGAGGCCAGCAUGUGCAGGAUAAAGGUAUCGAAGGCCGCGGCCGACCUGAUGACCUACUGCGAUGCCCAUACCUGCGAGGACCCCCUCAUCACUCCCGUGCCCACUUCCGAAAACCCGUUCCGGGAGAAGAAGUUCUUCUGCGCCCUCCUCUGAACAACGUCCGUGUCCCUCACUGCGACCCCAACCGGUUUUGUAAGGCCAGCGGGCACCGGGGCCAUGUCUCCUUUCCCCUAUAAGUGAUGGAGGCCCAGAGUUACCUGCACAACUCGGCCUCGUUCAUUGACGGGCACAUUACACACACCUCACCUGAGCACAAUACCCAAGGUGGCCACCGUGCCCCACCUCUCUCCAAGAAGAGGACUCUCCAUUCCGGGAGAGGAAGCCAACAGCACAUUGUUUACCUGCCAUGAAGGUGUAUUCUGGGCUGUCUGGUUCUUCUCCAGCACUCCCAACAAUGAGAUCUCAAAUUCUUUUCGUCCCAUUAUAUUAUGGGACUAAAUCAGUGAUUCCCAAAUUGGGCGCUACCGCCCCCUGGUGGGCGCUGCAGCGAUCCAGGGGGGUGGUGAUGGCCACAGGUGCAUUUGGGGGCGGGGCCAGGGGAGGGGCAGGGCCUCUUCCCAAGUGCCAGACAAGGCUGAGCCCCUGAGGCGCCUGUUAGAACACAGGGGGCGGAGCUAGAGGAGUGGGUGUGGCUUCUUCCCAAGAACCUGAGACAGGGCUGAGAAUCUCUACCUCUCUUGAGGCACUUGUUGGGACACAGGAGGCGGAGUUAGGGAAGGGGGCGGGGCCUCCUUCCAAGAGCCUGAGACAGGGCUGAGCCUCUACCUCUCCUGAGAGGCCUUUUAGGGCUAGGGGUGGGGUCUCUUCCCAAGAGCGUGAGACAGGGCUGAGCCUCUAUAGACCUCCCCUGAGGUGCUUGUUAGAACACGGGGGCGGGGUAUAGAGGUUCAGCCCCGUCAGGCACUUGGGAAGAGGCCCCUCCCCCUCCUCUAGCCCCACCUCCUGUGUCCUGGCAGGCGCCAGGGAUAGAAGCUCAGCCCUACCUCAGAGCUCGUAACUCUGCCCAUCCCAGUCCUGGCUGCCCAUUUGUGGCCCCGCCCACCUCCUUUCCCAGCCCUAUAUCUUGGACUUGGGGAGAAGCCCAGCCCCGCCCUCUUGAGCAGGGGCCACGCCCACCCUCUAAGCCACGCCCCCCUUUCCAGGAGGCGCUGAGUCAUAUUUUUUCUGGAAAGGGGGCAGCAGGCCAAAUAAGUCCAGUUUGGGAAUCACUGGACUAAAUUAACUUAGGUUUAGCUCCUAAUUCUCCCAACCCGCCAAUUUUAGGAGACAGCCAGGUGUUUUUCCGCAUGGUUUUUGUGCAAACCACUGUUCAUCCGCCUUGUAAACAGAGAGCACAGAAAAAAAGGAAUAAAAUUAAUUGGAGACACUGAAACAA